AUGUUCUAUCUACUCUUUCCGGCAUCUCCAAGACCAUUGAUUCAGAGACGGCAUCACUUUUGGGAGUCUCAGAAAUGGGCAGACUCUCGCCCAAAGAGGUGGUCACAACGAUCAUGCAGCAAAGUGUCCUCCAUUUCGAGGUCUCGCUACCUUUUAUACGAGGGCUAUCGUAUGCUUACGCCCUUCGCUAUCCCGCAAUUCAACGGUGACCCGGUCCUCAUACUACCGCCCUCGUACAUGAAAGAUAUAAUAACGAGGUCUGAUCUCGAUGUCAGCCUACCACUGGUCGCCGAACACAACACAGCCGCGAGAUACACAGGAGAUGAAUAUAUCGUUCGGAAUCCUGUCCAUGUGGACCUUGUCAAACGCCAAUUGAAUAGACAUCUCAAGUGCUUGACGGCAGACAUAGCUGAUGAAUUGACACUUGGGUUCCUCGAGCAGUGGGGUUCGGGACAAUACAAGUCCGUUCCUCUAUACACCUCGUGUAUGAAGAUCGUGAGCCGAGGUGCUAACCGCGUCUUCUGCGGAGCUGAUCUCUGUAGGUGUCGUAAUCCAAAUUUUCUCGAGCAUUCCCGGAGGUAUACUCAGAACAUCUUUGCUGCUGCCGCGUUAAUCAAUCUGGCUCCAGCCUGGCUACGCCCAAUGAUCUCGCCGUUCGCGACCUACCCGGCGUCCAGGCAACUCGAAUAUUGUAAAGCGAUUGCAGUGCCCCUGAUCGAAACCCGCUUGAAAGCUGCUCAUGGUGCUUUCAUCUCCCAGAACGACGCUCUCCAAUGGCUUAUAGAAGAUUGCAUCAAACGUGGUGAUGCAGUAGAGCUAGAUCCUGUGAUGCUGUGUCGCCGUCUUCUACGCUUAAACAUGGCAGCCAUUCACACGACGAGUAUCUCCAUCACCAACGCCAUUCUCGAUCUAUAUACCUCUCCAGAGACUACCAGGUUCGUUGGUGGUCUUCGAGAAGAAUGCGAACGCACACUAGCCGCUCAUGGAGGUGUCUGGAACAAAGAAGGCAUUGACGCCCUGGUCCGUACCGACUCUGCGAUCAAGGAAUCCAUGCGACUCCGAAGUUUCGGCUUGAUUGGUACAAAUAGAAUCAUAACGAAUCCGUGUGGGUUGGAUCUCGAUGGAAAGAUACACAUUCCUUUCGGAGUACAGGUCGCAACUCCUAUUGACGCAAUCCACCGGGACGCUACUUUCUACGAACGACCUGAAGUGUACGACGCUUUCCGAUUCUCGCAAUCACGAUUUGCGAACCAAGUGUAUCAUCAUGGUCCGGACGGUUCUCGACCAAGUCAAAGCACGCCGGACUUGACAACGACUAGUGACACGUUCCUGGUUUUUGGUCAUGGACGUCAUGCUUGUCCUGGCCGAUUCUUCGCUUCUCAAGAAAUGAAGUUGAUGUUGGCGCAUGUCGUGUUGAAUUAUGAAGUGGAGAUCAAAGGCCCACGCCCAGAGAACAGGGAUAUUGGAACUGCUUCCUUGCCUGACAAUACUGUGCAGAUUGCGGUACGACCGAGGAGAUGA